GUCUACUGAGGUCAUGAUCGGUGUUUAUUUUGAGAUUCUUCGUUACUUCUUAUAAUUUAACAGAGUAGUUCUGUUCUACGGGUAUUUCAUCUGAAGGUCAUACUAAUAUUUUAUCCUUGAUUUUCAGAUUUCAGGAUGAAUGCCUAUUAUUUUUACCUAUUUACUAAGUUGAAAACCUCAGAACUGACAUGAAUAUUUGGGUGUAUCUAACUUUUUUACCUCAUAAACAAUAGUCUGUUCUUAAAAAAUUCGUGUCCGUAGUUGGUGUAUAUAUAUUGGCCAUUGUACAGGUUGUCUUUCACUUUCCCUGUGUGGAUAUAAUAAUCACAACCAACAUAGGUUCUGGUUUUUGCUGCAUUUCCAAAGUAUCGGUCUCACAGUAUUUCAUCUUUAGUAUGCAUUUACUGAAAAGUCUGGGCAGCAUAUUUAACAUUUAUAACAAUAAUCAUAAACGUAUAUGGUUCAGUGCCAAUUUCUAAAAACACGUCCAUUAUUUUUAAUUGUCAAAAUAUGCUUUAGAAAUAGUAUCUUCAUCAUUUUUUCCCAGUCACUCAUAUUGACUGAGCAUUUGCUAGUACUUACCACCGACGCUCAUUCCAUUUUCUAACACAAAGAUGAGAUCUCAAUUGUUGUAACUAAACUUGCUCAAACUUCUAAAAACAUGACUACCAAUUACAUAAAAUAAUCAUACAUCAACCUAAAUGCAUUAGAAUUUCUCUGUUCUAUCAAUGUAGCUGAAAAUUCUAUUCACUUUUUAGCCAUAGGAAAAGCGGAUUUUAUGCAUACUAAGUGGUUAUUGCAUUCCAUAGUACAAUCGUUUUAUCUCUGGCUAAUGAAUUGUAAUACUUAGCGGCAAUUUACGAUUAAGUCCAAACAUAGCUUGGUUAGUCUAGCAAUACAAUGCUUUUUAACCAGUCGUUAACACAUCGAGAGCCCUAGCCAGGCUGACCACGCUUACAGACAUAUAUCCGUCAUCUAAUUUCCUACUGGCCAACCACUAGCGAAUCGUUUUAUGCAGUGCCAUAAAACUAUUCAAACUUCUGAUCAAUAUUUAAUUUUUCUGGUUUAACACGUAGUAUAGUUUAACUCAUGGUUAACAGAACAUAGUCUUGGAUUAUCACUUGAUAAUUGAUCCUUCUCCAAAUUAAUUUUAGGGUAUAAUAGACUGUAGGCACCAAUUAACUCUUGAUACGAAUGAAAUAAUUAAGAAGUUUGAAUCUUACUCGAGUUCCGUCGAAUGGCGGUUUAUAUACAGCCGUCGGAUUAUAGAUAAAUGAGAUGCAAAAGAUCAAUUUACAUUUUCUUGUCAAACUCAACGAUGAACGAAAAGUUCUGACAUCAUGGUGGCAAAUGGUAAUAGCUCUUAGAAAUUGCAAAAACCAAAAGAUGAUAUAAUCCAAGUGAUUAUGCAUUCUUGGUUCUCAGAUGGGCUUACUUUAAAAACUAGUUACCUAAACCAUUGUUAAGAGACAAACUAAUCACUCAUUAUUCGUAAGCACUUCAAGUUAUGGAGUAUGAUGACAAAACGUUUAAUUGUAGUUUUAGCAAUCAUCCAUUUCUCUUUAAUCCAUCCAUAGGUUACAGGAGACAUUAAUGUUAUUCUUCAACAUUUGAUUGAGCCUAUGGGUAUUUUAAAAUACCUUACUUUCUCAUUUGGUGACUUAAAACAUCUAUAAAGAUGUCUCAUAAAGUUUUACAUACACUUAUAGUUUCCCUAAACGAAAUUCUACUUUUGGUCGAUAUGUUUUAGAUAUGUCGUCUGGAGACAACAAUUCACAACAUAAAGAGAGUUUAAUGCAUGAGAUCAAUGCAUUGUUUGCUCCACCAACAAAUGAAUCAUACGGUAAAAAGGGUUCACUCGGUAUUGUAAGUUUCUUCUCAUUCUUCUUACCUACAUAUAAAUAUUUAAUUGUUAUCAGCCUUCUUUUCGUCGCGCAAGAAAAAAUAAUGAAUCAACGACGAACAGUUCGGAAACAAAUAAUUCCAGUUUAGAGCACUUUCAAUUACCAAAUACAUCUGCAAAAAAUGAUCCAUUUUGGAGGAAACCUCGUGCUAAUUGUCAUGAAUAUUGUGAUAGUUGUGGUUGUAUUGAAGGCGAAAGACUUGUCUGCGAUCGAUGUCCAGCCAGCUUUCACCUUGAAUGUCUUGAUCCACCAUUAGAUCCGGAUGAAGCACCUGUUGGUGUCUGGUUUUGUCAUCGAUGUUCAAUGGUGUUGAAAGAUGAAGAAGAUAAAACUUCAACAUCAAGUAGUCAAACCACUAUAGCUACAGAUACAGGUUCUUCUCGUUCUGGUAAAAGUGGACAAAAACGCCAAGAUCAAGCAUCUUCAUCAUCAUCAUCAGUUGGAACUACAACAGCAGCAACAGUUGGACCAUCAACUUCCACUUCUAUAUCUUCCAUCAGUAAUAACAAUAAUAAUAGUCAUUCUCACCAACAAAAUCCACUACAACAAUUUAUCCAAUCACAAACUAGCAAACGUCAUUAUACAUUCCGUUCGACAUAUAACGAACAAUAUUGUUUAGAUAUGAACAAAUUAUCGAGUAGUCGUUCCAGUACUUGGGGUGAUUCAGCGUAUGUUGCUGAUAUUGAAGAAUCUGAGCUAAGAGCAUUAUGGAAAGUAAUUGAAUAUGCGAAAUAUCAAAAUCCAAAAGAAUAUGAUUUACCGAAAGACUUAUUACCUGGUGUUAAGCUUCCUGGUUCAUACAAAACACCAACAGAACGGAAAAAUAAAGGAAUCAUCGAGUUAGAGAAUGGUCUUAUUCCACAACCUGUAAGACGUUGUUACGUAUGUGUUCGAACAUGUUUCUAUGCUCCAUUGUUACCAUGUGAUUAUUGUUCAUCAUGCUUUCAUUUAGAAUGUUUAAAUCCACCAUUAUCACAUUUUCCACCACGUUCUGAUCGAUGGAUGUGUCCAAAUCAUAUAGAACAUAUAACUGAACGUUAUUUAAUUCGUUCAAUACGAUUAACUGAACGUAUGCAAAUUUGGACUAAAUUAUAUUCAUCAUUAAAUAAUAAAUAUAAUAAUGAUGAACAAUAUAUUGAUAAAACUAAUGAAAUAACAAAAAUACUUGAACAUAUACCACCAUAUGAAUUAACAUAUACACCAGAUGAAGAAAGUUCCAUACUUUCUGAUUUAAUGCGUACUAUUCAACGUAGUAGAAAUGAACAACAACAACAGCAGCAACAACAACUACAACAGUAUCAGUUAUUAUCAUCGAAUUUAUCCAAUACAGCAAUGUCAAGUAUUUUCGAUUCUAUACUAUAUACUACUACUAAUAAUAAUACUAGUAUUAAAGAUAAACAACAUAUAUUGUCCAAUCGUCAUUUAUGGCGUUUAAAUCGUGAAUUAGCAGCAAAGUCUAGAAAUAAUCAAAAUUAUUAUGGUAAACAGAUAAGAAUUGUGGUACCAAAAGCAGUUAAACAUUUAUACAAUAAUCCAGUGAAACGAAUUCCACGUAUUAAUGAAUCAUCAAAUGUAUGUCAAUUAACAAAUUUACUCGAUAGUUCUAGUACAGAUGAAAAGAAUAUAUUUGUUCGUGGACUUUUACAAUUUUAUUUACAAAAUACAUUACAAUUACCUACACAAUCGUCAAAUCCAAUACAACCAGAUAGUAGUAGUACAAUGAUUACUGAUACUAGUGAUACUAUUGUCACUACUAAUACAUCACAACUGUCAAUAUCGUCAUCAUCAUCAUUCGAAACAACUCCUAUCACUGUAACAACGACAACAACAACAACAGCUAUUGACAACCACCUCAAUGAUAAUAAUACAUCUAGUUCCUUCAUAAUAGAUGACAAGACAACUGAUAGAUUGAAGCUGACUACAGAUUCAAUUGGAAUGGACAUUAGCAACAAUUUAUCGACAUUGUCAUACAAUAUAAAACAAAUAUCUAAAGGUCCUUCCUUUAUUCAAGAUGAUAACGAACAUUUGUGUAACUCCUUAGAACAAUUGAAUACAGUAAUUAUGAAGAAAUUCAAUAAUGUUACUGAUAAUAAUAGUAUUCCUUCUAAAUUGGCUCGUUUAGACCCUCAAUUAUUGUAUACAUUAGCAGCACAACGUAUUUAUGAUCUUUUGGGUGUUAACAAUCAAAAUUCUAUUUUUCCUAAUGACGAUAAUAUUGAACGGAAUAUUUGUAAACGAAAGAAAGACUCUUCUAAAACAUUAAAUAUACCUGAAAGUUGUAUCCGUGCAAGAGCUGUAUUAACACCUUGUGAUGGUACUAGUGGAUAUGAAACUCGAAUGCAUUAUAGGCAACUGACUGUUGGUACAUCACCAGAUUGUCAUUUGUGUUUAGCUAAUUAUGAUUUAUCUUCAUUACAUAAUCAAAAAUGUUCAUUUAUAUCACCACAUCAUGCUACAAUCUUCUAUGAUGAUUGGACACAACAUUAUGAAUUAAUUAAUUAUAGUGAAUAUGGUACACGUGUAGAUGGUAUUAUAUAUGGAAAUGAUAUAGAUAGAAAAUCAAUUUAUAUUCCAGAAUCUUCCGAUCUAGUUCAUCAAGUUCGUAAUCUCAUAAAAACUGCUCCUAAAGAAUUAUCACCAAAUUAUCAAACAUCAUCGGUUAUUUCGGAACUGUGUGCUUCGCCGCCUAAACGACUAAUGAAAAUGUUAAGUAAACGACAUGAAGAUUUAUCACAUAUUACAUCUAUAUGUGAUUGUACAAGUUUAUAUUUUAAUCAUAAUGACAAAUUUCAAAAUUUAUUCAAUAACAAUACUGAUCUAAUAGAUAAAACUGAUUCAUUAGAUCUUAUUACUGGUUGGGAAGGUCCUGCUAUUUUAAGACAUGGUUCAAUAAUACAAUUUGGUUGUUAUAAAUUUAUUUUUGGUUUAGUCAGUCAUUCUUUACCCACAUAUUCAUCAUCAUCGUCAUCGUCAAGUUCAUCAACGAUGACAAUGAUAAAUAAUUCAACACAAUCUUCUCAUGAAUCACAAAUACUACUUACAGAUUCUUUAUCAUUAACAAAAGAUUUUUUAAAAUUAUCUAAAAAUAACAAUUUACUUGUUCAUUAAUUUUCUAAUUUAUUUAUU